UACUAUACGUAUAACAACUGCACGAACGAGAAUCGGACGUCGACACGACAUGGAGGGGGAGCGUUCAGACGAUAAAACUACAUGUAACUCUCUCCGCUGCUCAGUAUGCAUUGAGAAAGCGAGAAGUGGCAGGUAAUCGUUGUUUCAUGUAUCUUGCAUUUUCGUAUUCACGCGGAAACGGAAAAAAAACGAUUAUUAAUUCGUUGACAAAAACUCAAUCCUACCAAUCAGAAUCAACGUCUUAUAAUUUCCUUUGUGGGGUAGUUAGUCUCUACAGCGCAUGCGCAAUAUCGACGGUUUCACACGCUUCUUCAAUCUCGUUUCGAAGCUAUCAAGUUUUCACUGUGAAGUUUCUCUACAGAUACAGAUUGAUCAAAUUAAAUAAUAUUGUCCGAAUAUUCAGUGCUUCGUUAUUUCUACCUACGAAACAUGCGAUCUGGAUGCAAGUAAACGUAAAAUUCGAAGAAUCGAAUUUAUACUUUCGAAGAUAGCUUCCAAUCGAAAAUACCACGUGAAGUAGCAUCAGUUUAAUUGUUGAUGCGAAAGAAUAUUCGAAAACGGCGUCUCUGAAUAUUCGAAUAUAAUAAAAGAAAAGGACAAUAAUAAUAAGAAAUUUAUUCGAGUGGAGAAGAAUUAGUUUGGAAAUCAUCGUUGUAAUGAUUAUGAUAAAAUGAGUAUCGGAAACCACGCCUAAGAUGAACUCGUGAGCGUCGAUUGAGGUUAGCUUACUUUUAAAUGAACAUCGAGAUUUAAGUGCGUCCCUCCGUUCAUAGCGAGUGACGAUUUUAUUUGUAUACAUUGUGCGUACGUGUUCCGGAGGAGUGCCAGCUCGAAGAGAGGAAUAAUGUCAAGCAGUGUUUGCCACGCGCCUUUACCAGCACGAAUGGAAGCAUUCACCACGAGACUCUGUCUCCGUGCUGCUGAUCAGUAUGAGCGGCUUCUGCAAGCUCACUUCAACAAGAUUUUUUUGGUUACAGGCUUCGAGUAAGGAGCAAACAAGACUGAAUCAUAAUUCGAACCAUAAGGAGCAUCGAAAGCAAAAAGAUGCUUCGUCAAGCAGUACCUAUAGCGCCUUCCGUCAAUGGCGAAGGGGCACGUCUAUGGGUUCGAAUCGGUCUAACAGUGUCGGCUCUAGCUCUACCGGGGCCCUUACCAAAUUAUCUAAUGACCCAGCGACGAUACAAAAAAUGGAACAAUUCCCAUUGGUCCUUUCUGACACCACUAUGCCAGAAGAGGAUCUAUCGUUGAAAUUUUUAGCAUUGAAUGCUUUGGACUUGACUGCGCCGGCCAGUGACGUAUUAUUAAAAAAUAGAUUAAAAUCCUGGUUUCAAUUAUCUGGGCACCCGGAUGGUUUUGCUCCCGCUGGACCUGGAACAGUUUGGAAAAGAAAAACGGGAGGAGCAGAAAAUACGGAAAGAAUGGUUUACGAAGCUCUUAGCAAAGAUAAAGAAUUGCGAGAUUGUAUACCAAGAUAUUACAGAGAAGUGGAAUAUAAAGGUGAUACUUUCAUCGAGCUACAGGAUUUAUUGUUCGGUUUCAAUGAUCCGCACGUAAUGGACAUUAAAAUGGGCACGAGAACAUUCUUGGAAUCCGAAGUGUCGAAGACAACAGCUAGACCGGAUCUAUAUCAGAAGAUGAUCGCUGUUGAUCCGAAUGCGCCGACUAUGCAGGAACAUGAGCAACGUGCUGUGACUAAAUUGCGAUACAUGCAAUUCCGUGAGCAACAGAGCUCAACCUGUAGUCACGGAUUCAGAAUCGAAGCUAUGAAAUUACCUGGUGGCCCACCCAUCACUGAUCUAAAAAAAGUAAAAUCACAUCAAGAAGUGCUCGACACUAUGAAACUGUUUCUUGGAACGUGUAAAAUCACGCGUGAAAAAUUACUUGCACGCUUGAAGAAUCUGCGUUCAAAGAUUGAAAUAUCUGAAUAUUUCAAAACUCACGAGAUAAUUGGUAGUAGUAUUUUCAUGAUUUACGAUAAUGAUAAAGUUGGCGUUUGGUUGAUCGAUUUCGCUAAAACACGAGAAUUACCGAACGGACAUCGGCUAACGCAUAGAAAACCAUGGGAACAAGGGAAUCACGAAGAAGGUUUUUUGUUUGGUCUUGACAAUCUUAUCUCUAUAAUCGAAGAAGUAAAUCUUUCAAAUGCGUAGUUUCCAUGUAAAAAUUGCAUUAUUCAUUAGGAAAUUAAGUUAUAUAAAUAUUAUAUGGUCUCGUUUUAAAAUAACAUUUAUUAAUUAUU